UCUCUAAUAGUCUGUGCGCGGUCGCCAUUUUGUCAUUCUGAGAGACUACGCCUAGGUCUUUCUGAACCUUCAAAAUGAGUCGAGUGUUUAUUGGUCGUCUGAGCCCCCACGCCCGUGAGAGAGAUGUGGAGAAGUUCUUUAAAGGUUAUGGGCGCAUCCGUGAUAUUAAUCUGAAGAAUGGAUUUGGAUUUGUGGAGUUUGAUGACCAUAGAGAUGCAGAUGAUGCGGUUUAUGAGUUGAAUGGAAAGGAGCUUUGCAAUGAGAGGGUGACUAUUGAGCAUGCUCGUUCUCGACGUGGCAGAGGAGGAGGAGGAGGAGGUGGUGGUGGUGCUGGUGGAGGAGGUGGUGGUGGUGGACGUUUCUCUCCACGUUUCACAGGCUAUCGGCAAUCACGCAGCACAACAUCCAGGUAUGGACCUCCUGUGCGCACAGAGCAUAGAAUUGUGGUGCAGAAUCUGUCAUCCCGUAUCAGCUGGCAGGACCUGAAAGACUUGAUGAGGAAAGCAGGAGAUGUAACGUUUGUGGAUGCCCACAGAUCCAACAAAAACGAAGGUGUGGUGGAAUUUGCCUCACACAGCGAUAUGAAGAACGCCCUCGAAAAAUUGGACGGUACUGAGCUGAACGGCCGCAAAAUCAAACUGUACGAGGAUCGUAAGAGAAGCCACAGCAGGAGUCGCUCCCGCAGCUCCUCACGCUCCCGCUCUCGCUCCCGUUCCAAGUCGGCCAGCAGAAGCCGCAGCCGCGAGGACAAACGCGGGGAAGACAAGCGGGAGAGCAAACGGGAGAAGCGAUCCCACAGCCGCUCGCGCUCGGUCAGUCGCACACCCGAAAAGAAGCAGGCCACCAAGUCCGAGUCUCGCUCUCGCUCUAGAUCUCCUACUCCGAGGAAGCAGUCUCGCUCACGCUCUCGGUCCCGGUCCCGGUCUCGGUCACAGUCCGCCGAGAGUCAGCACUGAGUCUGUAACCAGGAGUUUGUAAGUGUAUGUAGAUUCUAACUGAAGACCUAAAGUUGUUCGUCGCUGCCGUUUAUGUAUCUUUUGAAUAAACUGAUCCUCAGAAUCAUUUUAUUUUCUUUAAUGAGCCGUUCGAGUUGAUGUAUUUUACUAACAAUGGAAGGCACACAUUGUUCUUUCAUCUGAAACACAGAGGAUCAUUAGUUAUACCAAACAUCUCAGCUGAUCUAUGUGUGAUGUGAGGAACCUUGUGUUUUUCAGUCGGAUUGAAAUGUCUGUUUUCAGAUGAAAGAGGGUGUGUGUGCUUUAGACUUUUGAUUUUGUAGCAGUGAUGUAAGUUAAUGAUAUCAGGACCAGAAUGACUUAAGUUCUUGUGGAGGUGAGGAGUUAUUGUUGACUUUUCAUUUUCUUUCUGUGCUCUAGAGGAGUCUUUAGUUUUCAUCUUUGUGGUGUCUAUUUUUUUGAAAGAAGUUCUUUGAGAACUUGCAAAUGUGGAUUUAUUACAAAAAUAAACUAUAUCUUCACGAUUA